AUGCUUCCUCGCCAUUCAACUUCUCCAGUGCGCCUAAAAGGUCACCCCAAUGUGCGGGAAGACUUGCCACUACUCGCCCGAAUCGCACCCUUCCUCGCCUGCGUUCUGCUCGCCGUUCUUGUCCUCACUUCCCUCAAUCCCUCUCCCUGGACUUCCCCAUCACACCUGUUCCUUCGCCGUCCUCCGCCACUCGUCGAUACCGACAAACAUGUACCGCCAGUCAGCCGCUGCAGCGACACCUCCCUCACAGCGCUCGAGGGGCGCGAGAACGCCGCCAUCGUCCUCCUCGUCCGCGAAUCCGACCUCCCCGAACUCCUUCCCACCCUUUCCAAUUUCGAGUCCCGCUUCAACGCACGCUUUCGUUAUCCCUACGUCUUCAUGUCAGACCCGGAUGAUCCGCCGUUGCCGGACGAGUUCAAGCACGAGGUUAGGAAGGUCUUGCCGGAGGGAGCGGUGACAGAAUGGGGCGUCGUGCCCGAGGCGCACUGGCGGAUACCGGAAUGGAUGGACCAAACGGAGGUCAGGGCGGGGUUCAGGUUGCAACAGGAGAAGGGGGUGCAGUAUGCUGGGAGGGAAGGGUAUCACCACAUGUGUCGCUGGUACUCGGGCUUGUGGGCGCGGCAUCCGCUGCUCGCCAAGUACGACUGGUACUGGCGGUUAGAGCCAGGAGUCCGCUUCUACUGCACCAUCUCCUACGACCCCUUUCGCUUCCUCGCCCUGCAUAACAAGGUCUACGGCUUCGCCAUCACCGUCAUCGACCAGAUCAACACGAUUCCCUCGCUCAUCCCGACUGUCCUCGACUACCUCGAAGCCAAGGGGAUCAAGCCGCGCGACCCGCACAUGUGGGAGUUCCUGAUGCGCAAGAAUGGCCAGGACUACGCCGCAUGUCACUUCUGGACAAACUUUGAGAUCGGAGACCUGCGCUUCUUCCGCUCGCGAGAGUACCAGGAAUUCUUCCGUGCGCUCGACCAAGCGGGAGGUUUCUAUACGGAGCGGUGGGGGGACGCGCCGGUCCGCGCUCUCGCUCUCGGUGCGCUCGCAGGCAUCGACAGGAUCCACCACUUCGAAGACAUCGGCUACCAGCACGACUGGUUCUUCCAGUGCCCGUCUCGCUCAACGUCUUCGCUUGGUCCGCUCAGCGCGAAGGAGGGCGGGGCUGUUGUCGGGUGCGAGUGCGACUGCCCAAAGGCGGGCGACUUGCAGGGAAGGGCGAAGGGGAGGGAGCUGGUCGACAUGAACGACGACUGGCGCUACUCGUGCGUGUCGUUCUGGAAGGAGGCGGUCCGCAAGUCGCGCGGGAAGUGA